AUGUCAAAGGAAGAGCUUGUUAUUCUCGACUGCUGGGUUAGCCCAUUUUGCAUGGGCGUAAAGAUAGCAUUAGCCGAGAAAGGCCUAGAAUAUGAAGCUAGAGAGGAGGACUUGUUCGGGGGCAAGAGCGAUUUGUUGCUCAACUCAAACCCCAUCUACAUGAAAGUUCCGGUGUUGCUGCACCAAGCCAAACCCUUAUGUGAGUCAACUAUCAUUGUUAACUACAUUGACGAGACCUGGCCUUCACCUCCGCUGCUCCCACCUUGUUCAUAUGGGCGAGCUCAGGCACGCUUUUGGGCUGAUUUUAUUGACAAAAAGCUAUUUGAUGCAGGCUGUAAUAUAUGGAGAAGCAAGGGGGAGGCACCAGAGGAAGCUAAAAGGGAGGUCAUAGAGAUUUUGAAGCAGUUAGAGGAAGCCUUAAGGGAGAAAGCUUUCUUCGGUGGUGAUACAUUUGAAUUUGUUGACAUUAUAACAGUCCCUGUAACAAGCUGGUUCCAUGCCAUUGAGAAGUUUGGGAACUUUAAGGUGGAGGAUGAGUGCCCCAAAUUCUCAGCUUGGAUGAAGAGGUGCAUGCAAAGAGAGACUGUUGCCAAAGUUCUUCCAAACCCCGAAAAGGUCUAUGAAUUUCUCAUCAUGUUUAGGAAGAUGCAGGGCAUCGAGUAA